AUGAGGAAUAUCAUUCAAAUUACCAUUGCGGCCACCCUAGCUAUAGGGGCGACUGCCAAUUCUCACCACCACCUUCAUCGCCACGCCAAAAAAGAAGCCCCCGCCAGCCCAGACAGCAGUCAUGGUCCCAACGUCGUUGUUGAAUACGUUCCUGGCCCAGUCGAGAUCGUUUAUCAGCUCGAUGGGAAAGUUUUGAACCCCGAGGAGGCAGCAGCUGGUCUGAAGGGUGGUCUGUUUGUCGUGGUCGGCGAAACCACGCCCACCUACACGCCUCCUCCUCCACCGACGUCUUCGUCUAGCACUGCUAGCACCACCAGCGAGAAAAGUCUCGGAGCGCAAUUCCUCGAGAAGCCGACCUCUUCGUCCUCUUCUUCCACGCCAGCUCCGACGACCUCAUCUACCACGUCGUCUGCGACGCCGUCUCCGACGUCGUCAUCCGCCGCGGCGUCAACUACGUCGAGCACUACGUCCAAGCCCCAGCCUACGAGCUCCCAGGCUUCCAAGCCUAGCUCUCCCAGCGGUGGUAGCGCCGGCAAGGGACUUGACGCCGAAUUCCCCAGCGGAAAAGUCCCGUGCUCUGUAUUCCCGUCUGACUACGGUGCCGUGCCUCUCGACUAUUUGAAUUUUGGAGGAUAUUCCGGCCUCCAAUUUCUCUCCGACUUCUCGUUGGCGACUUCUCUCAGCAUCAGCAACAUUGUUACUGGCAUUGCAGGCAAUACUUGCGGGCCAAACUGCAUGUGUUCGUACGCAUGCCCACCAGGCUAUCAAAAGUCGCAGUGGUCUUCCGCUCAGGGCUCGACCAAACAAUCUGUUGGCGGCGUUUGGUGCAACAAGGAUGGUUAUUUGGAACUCACUCGCCCGAGCGUUAAAACUCUCUGCAUUCCUGGCGCUGGCGGAGUCACCGUUCAGAAUGAUCUCGGCGAUGUUGUGUCCAUCUGCCGCACCGACUACCCAGGAACUGAAAACAUGGUUAUCCCUGCUGCUGCUGAACCGCAUAGCAAGAUUGUCAUCACCAAUCCCAUCCAGGAUAAGUAUUACCAGUGGGACGGCAAGCCCACUUCCGCGCAGUACUACAUCAACAAGAAGGGUCUUUCUCCGGACAAAUGCUGUCUCUGGACCUGUGCCGUGGAUCCUCUUGGUUGUGGAAACUGGGCUCCAAUGAUUCUGGGUGUCGGUCAGGCUUCGGACGGUAUCACAUACAUUUCCAUUUUCCAAAAUCUGCCGACAAGCACUGCCAAGCUGGACUUCAACAUUGAAAUCUCCGGCGAUGUUAGCUCGAAGUGCUCAUAUGUCAACGGAGCUUUCAGCGGCGGCACGGAUGGCUGCACGACGGGAGUUUCAAAAGGCGGCAAGGCUGUGAUUCGCUUCUACUAG